UAUACCUGAAUGUUGCACCCAAAAUGAAGAAACAACACUUUAAUUUUCCUACUCUUGCAAUAUUCACAUUUUCCUAACCAAAAUGGUGAUGAAGCUAGGUGCAAGCAUUGUAAUUUGCAUAUGGCUACUCUUGGCUAUAUUGUCACCAAUCACUGAAUCAUCAUCAUCCAAUGAUGAUUCAAACCCUGCUGUUCUUGACACAGAUGGUAACCCAAUUCAAAGUGAUGCUGAGUACUAUGUUAGGCCAGCAAUCACUGAUGCUGGAGGCUAUUUAACAUUGAUUGAUAGAUUUGAUAAUGGGUCAUGCCCUUUAUAUGUUGGUCAACCAAAUGUUAUUGUGGACAAUAAAAUUUCCAUAAAGUUUACACCUUUCAUUGAAGGGGAAACUGUGAUAAGAGAGAACAGGGAUUUCAAGGCUGUUUUUCAGGCAUUCACUACAUGUGUUCAGUCAACGCAAUGGACGGUUGGAGAGGUUGACCAAGAGAGUGGAAGAAGGUUGAUUGUGGCUGGUUAUGAUGAAGGGAUUGGGGGUUACUUCAGAAUUGAAAAGGGCAAUUUGGGUAUUUACAAUUUUGCUUGGUGUCCCUUGGAUGUGUGUCCAAAUUGUAGGUUGAAUUGUUCACCUGUGGGUGCUUUCAUUAUUGAUGAGAAUAGGAACAGGUUGUUGGCUUUGGAUGGUAACACUCUUCCUGUGCAAUUUGAGAAGGCUAAUGAUGUGUCUCCUAUCUAGUUCUAGUAGGUGCCAAUUUGGUUUAUUAGUAAAUAAGGUCUAGUAAAUAGUAAUAAAAUCUUAUGUGUCUUAUUCUAAAUAACACAUCUUUAUAGGAAGAUGAUAGUGUGAAUUGUUAGAUAGUUUGAUAUGUUUGAUUAAACAUAUUU